AUGGCAUCUGAAUCUCCUAAGGAUCUGCCUGUGCGGCCUGCCGCUGAAGCACAGGCUAACAACGCCUCUGAAGCUGCUAGUGCCCCUCCAAAUGAUGCGAAAGCGAAAUCCAAGCAGGCCCCGAGCCCUGAUACCCUCCCAGAGUUUAUGAUUGAGCGAAACAACCUUUUCGAGGAACUCUGGCAACAAUAUCUCGAGGAGACCAAGACCCGUCCCCACCCGGAGAUCAAUGUUACCCUUGACAUUGGUGACGGCAACCCCCCCUCCUCGGUCCCCGCCAAAGCCUUCGAGACCACUCCUGGAUCUUUCCUACGUGAUGUUCCCAAGGAUCUGAGUGCCAAUAUUGUUAUUGCCAAGGUUGAUGGAGAGCUGUGGGAUUUGAACCGACCCCUAGAGAAGGACUGUAGUGUGCUUCUUGUGCCUUUCAGCAACCCUGAGGCCCGCGAGGUAUUCUGGCACUCCAGUGCUCACACUCUGGGUGAGGCGUGUGAAUGCCACUACAAAGCACUCUUAAGCCACGGCCCGCCAACUCCCCAAGGCUUCUUCUACGAUAUGGCCAUGCCCAACGGAGAGGUUGUCCGUGAGGCUGACUGGAAGGUGCUUGACACCAAGGCAGCACGUAUCUUCAAGGAGAAGCAAAGCUUCGACCGCUUGGAUGUUUCCAAGGAGAACCUCAAGAAGAUGUUCGCAUACAGCAAAUACAAGCUGCACUAUAUUGACAAGCUCGUCACCGGCGAGAGUAGCACUGUCUACCGUUGCGGUACCCUUGUCGAUCUCUGUCGUGGCCCUCACAUUCAGAACACCGGCAAAAUCAAGACCUUCAAGAUCAUGCAGAACUCAUCGGCCUACUUCCUUGGUGACCAAUCCAACGACUCUCUGCAGCGUAUUCGUGGUGUUGCUUUCCCCGACAAGAAGCAGAUGGCUGAGCACUUGAAGUUUUUGGAAGAAGCCGAGAAGCGGAACCACCUGAGAAUCGGCAAGGAGCAAGAGCUAUUUUUCUUCGAUGAGGUGUCUCCCGGCUGCCCAUUCCUCCUCCCGAACGGAACCAAGAUCUUGAACCAGAUCCAGUCUCUUCUGCGUUCUGAAUACCGCAAGCGAGGCUACCAGGAGGUCCAGACCCCCAACAUGUACGACGUUAGCAUCUGGAAGACCUCUGGACACUGGGCUCACUACAAGGAAGAUAUGUUCAAGUUGGAUGUUGAGAAACGCGAGUGGGCUCUCAAGCCCAUGAACUGCCCUGGACACUUCGCUCUGUUCGCCCAUCGGGAACGUAGCUACCGCGAGCUUCCUAUGCGCAUUGCAGACUUCGGUGUCCUGCAUCGAAACGAAGCUUCUGGAGCGUUGUCAGGUCUGACGAGAGUGCGUCGGUUCCAGCAAGAUGACGGUCAUAUAAUAUGCAAGUUUUCGGACAUUAUGUCCGAAGUCGAGGGUCUGUUCGAUUUCUUGCAGUCCAUUUAUGGGCUAUUUGGCUUCACGUUCAAAUUGAAGCUGUCUACUCGCCCCGAGAAGUAUAUGGGUUCGUUGGAGACCUGGGACCAUGCCGAGGACCAGCUCAAACAGGCCUUGACCAAGUUUAAGGGUAAUGAUUGGAUCAUCAACGAAGGUGACGGUGCCUUUUACGGACCCAAGAUCGACAUCACCAUUGCAGAUGCUCUCAAGCGUGAAUUCCAAUGCGCGACCAUUCAGCUGGACUACCAGGCUCCCCUGAACUUCAAGCUGGAGUAUCAAACCGACGGAAGCCGGGAGAAAAACACCGAGGUGGACGCGAAGGAGGGCGAGCCCAAGUCCGACGACCUGCCCCCUGGUCGUGCCCGCCCUGUUGUCAUUCACCGUGCUAUUAUUGGUAGCUUCGAGCGAUUCCUGGGCAUCUUGAUCGAGCACUUUGGUGGCAAGUGGCCGUUCUGGAUCAGUCCGCGCCAGAUCCUAAUUGUGCCUGUCAUGCCGGCUCUGAACGACUACGCCGAGGAGCUGCAGCGUAUCCUGCAGGCUGACAAGUUGAAUGUGGAUGUGGAUGUCAGUGGCAACACCCUGCAGAAGAAGAUCCGUACUGGCCAGCUGGCCCAAUACAACUUCAUCUUUGUUGUGGGUGCCCAGGAGAAGGAGUCACGCACCGUCAACAUCCGUAAUCGUGAUGAUCCUGCGACCCAAAAUAAGGGUAUCAUGGUCCCUCUCGAGGAGGCACGACUCAAGCUCCGGGCAUUGCGCAAGGAGCGUCGGCUGGAGAACACUCUUCAGGCCUCAUUCUACUACUCGCUCUACCAACAUCUCAACACCCUUAUCUCCCUACAGACCACCUUCCUCCACGCAUCGAUGGAGGGGGAUAAAUUCCCAUGCCCGCUGGCGGAAGAACUUGAAUGCGACAGUACAUUUUCACGUAAACAAGAUGCAACCAGGCACGUUAACCAGGUGCACUCCCGGCAUUUCCCAUGCCCGCGCGCGGGGGACCUGAAUUGUCGCAAGAAGUUUCAUUCAGAAGAUGCUGCGAAUGACCACGCCACAAGUGCACACGACGAAAGAGAACCCUGCCCAUGCCCACGAGCAGACGACCUCGAAUGCAAGGAGACGCUUUACUCGAAGACCAGUGCACAAAGACAUGCCAAUGAGGCGCACAAGGGAAUCAAAUGGGCCUGCCCAAGAGCAGAGGAACUCGAUUGCCAAUUGAUGUUUGACUCGAAAAUGAAAGCACACCAACACUCCCAGAGGGACCACGAGCGAGUGAAAUGGCCAUGUCCCCACGCAUCAGAGCUCGAUUGCGACAAGAUGUUUUUUUCGGAAAGGAAUGCAAACAUUCAUGCUGAGGGCGUACACAACCCAUCUAGAUGGCCAUGCCCUCACGCAGAUGAUCUAAACUGCCCAAACACAUAUGCCUUUCAGAAGGAUGCGAUCAAGCAUGGUAAGUACGCGCACGAAACCGAAAUUGUCGAAUGGCCCUGCCCUUUGGCAGAGGAAGAAGGGUGCGAUGUGACAUUUCGUUCCAAGCGAAGUGCGCAGAUGCAUGCAAAAGUAAUCCAUUCCGAUAAAGAAACCCGAAAAAGGUUCCCUUGCCCACUGGCAAAUGAAUUCAAUUGUAAGAAGACAUUUUCAUUGAAAGGAAAUGCAAAGGUGCAUUCUCAGAAUGCCCAUGAGAAACUUAAAUGGCCCUGUCCCUUUGCUAAAGAGGGAUGUACCAAGGAUUUCACCACCAAAAACGGGGCCGCAGUCCAUGCAACGAGGUUUCAUACCGACGAGGGUCCUUCUAGCUCCCUGAGAAAGGCGGAAGGAUUUCCUUGCCCAAGUGCAACGGUUUUCGACUGUGAUAGGACGUUCGCCACGAGUCGACAUGCCGAGAGGCAUAAUAGGGAAAUGCAUGAGGGAGCCGAAUGGCCGUGUCCCCUGGCAGACGAGGAGGAGUGUACACUUAAGUUUACCAAUGAAAGCAAUUCUAUUCGUCACGCACACACGAUGCAUGGUGUUAAGAAGAGAGUUAAACCCUGUCCUUGCCCACGUGCCAAGGAGGAAAACUGCCCGAAGACAUUCUCUUCCCGGCGUGCUGCGAAAGACCACGCUAUAGCGAAGCAUGGUAAAUUUCAACCGGACCAAAGCUUCAUUGCGGCCUGGCCUAGGAUAUCGCUGGACAUUCCACUAAGAGACCUAGACGGGGAGGUGAUACCGGAUAAUAUCCCCCAGCCGUCCUUUAUGGAUGGCAAGUGGACAUGCCCACACGCAGGUUGUACGACAACAUACUUGAGCCCCCGGAGAAUCACAAACCACUACCUAUCUGCACACAAAGGCGCUCAUUGGCCCUGCCAGCAUGUCGAGCAAUUUGGUUGCGAGCAAACGUUCGUGACAAUCUACGAGGCCAAACAGCACGUAGAUCAGCAUUUUGUGAGGCCUAAAUGGGUAUGCCAGUACCCUCGAUGCCUCAGUCAAAUUCAGGGGAGGAAACAGUCACAAUUUCAUGCCUUGUCCCAUUACAAGUUGCAUGUCAAACGGGGGCACAUACAGGACGGACAAUGCAAGCCUUUACUGGUCCUGAGUUCGCUCCCCGGUGACAAUGUCGAAACCGAAGACGAAGUUGGGGAUUCCGAGGACGAAAACGACGGAGAUGGAGAAGAUUCCGAAAGCGAGUCCGAGGAUGACGAACUUGACGAGUCCGUGGGUGCCGAGCCAACAGCCGAGGCAGCAGCUGCGUGGCUGGGCAGUCCGCCCAAAAAACAAAAGAUUCUCAGAGAAGCUGCUCAAUCUGACGGCCUGAUUCACCUCGGUCUCAAGUGCCCAGGGCCAGAAAGGGUAGUUGACGGAUUAGUUAUUGGUACGCAAGUGUGCCCACACAACGCCAUAAUCUCGUUCGAGACAGGGACAUUUUACAAAGAUCGUUUGAGAGACCGCGUUGGGCUCAAAGCCCGAUGCGCUCCCUGCAAUGGGAGAUUCAUGUUCAACGAGUUCUUGAGGGUGAGAUUUUUGGAGGCAGGUGCUGACCAGAAAACGUGCCACUAUAAGAGCUGCGUCGGCGUUUUGUGGGAGGGUUCAAAGUUGUGCCAAAAACACUUUCUUGCCUGGAAACCAGGCCUCCCUGGGGAAGACGACAUGAAAAAGAUGAAGAGCUUGUUCGAUCAGGCCACUUCUGUCCAGUGGUAUCCCGAGACAAAGGUAAUGGCCGAUAUCAUCAGGAGGAUAGAAUCCGACAACAAGGCCAAGAUCCCGGCUUCCGAGGUGGUUAAUAUCGACUUGGAAUUCUCUUUCUAUUCCCAGGAGGUGCUCCAAGUCGGCCUCGCUGAUCUGGCGGGGAACAAAGUACUCGAUUGUCUUACUCAAUAUGGUGAGGGAAUUAUCGCACCUUCCUCAUCGCGCCUCUCUGCACCGGCAACUUGGCGGCAACAGAAUCAUGCAGCUAAAGUCAAACGCUACUAUACACAAGAUGGAAAGCUUAAUGCCAAACGAGUAGUUGAAAAGCUUCGAGAAGCCAACAUAUCUCAGGACACAAAAUUCAUGUCCUGGGCAUCAUGGGGGUUUGACUUGUCCUUUUUGAGAGACUGGCUGGAUGAUGAAGGCUUUAGUGACGUUCUCCCGGGGGACGAGAAUCUCUGCUUGCUUUACCACGAGUUCCGGGUCAACAUCAAGAGGGUGCUCGGAACCAACUGUUAUGGAGGGAAAUCGUUCCCUCUAUCCCUCCCCACAUUCUAUCCGGUGAUUUUUGGAACGAAUGACCCUCUUUCCGGUAGGAAUCACCAUGCACUUGUUGAUUCCCAGCAGCUCUCUCGACUAACAAACCUGUUCGUCGACCUGUGCAAACCCCCCAACAAGCGGGGGGGAAUAGAGACCCUGCGCCUCGGAAAGAGGCAGCGGGGAUUAGAAGAAUAUUUACCUAACUUGAGUAUUCACAACAAGAGGGCGAAGGGUUCUUAA